AGUCGAAAGGCGACAGUACCGCCUUACUUUCACCCCUGGUCCAAUGUAACCGAACUUAAACUGUACCAACCCAGACAAAUCUACUAGAGCCAUGACAUUGAUGUUGGACUGGGCCUGUGCAGUGAGGUGGUAGCUUUCCUUAGAGGAAAGUUACUACAGAUAUUGCAGGAGUUUCCCCUUGAAAUCAGACAUGUCUGUGAUGCACCGAAACCAUGCAUGGACGGAUGACGGAUCCGUGAAAGAAAGACCUGACCGCUGAAUUGAGGGUCUAUUUCAGGCCGGUGGAAGACUGGUGCACGACAGAGACGGUGAUGAGAUCCAACCUACAUUGAAUUCUCAGCUGCAAGAAUAAGGUAGGCAUCAGGUAAAACAUGCGGAACCAAGGAAAGUGUAUUUCAGACUACUCGAGUGAGGGGGUCCUACUACACAAGAGGUAAAGUAAAAGAAGAUAGGAGAAGGUGGAAGAACUCUUCCCUCACAGAAGCCACAGCCUUCACAGUAACUGAAGUGACAUUAAACUGCAGUUGGAUUAGUGACUCUGCCUGGAAAACAUGGAUGCUUUUGAGGGUCUCCACAGUGUCCAGCUGUCCUCCUCUCCACCACUUGUCUCUGCCACCAACCCAGGGUACGAGGUUCUAGUAUCAGCCAGAUCUGGUGUCCAGGUAUACUCCAACACCACGUUCUAUGGUAAACCCAGUGUUCUGGAGCAGGCUCAGAAGAGAGGGAGAGCCAAAUAUCACUCCCACCGAGAGGAGACUAAAGAAGAGAGGUGUGAGGUUGGAAGGUUGGUAGACCUGGAGCCAGGUCCAAUCCCCAGGGUGGAGGGUAGAGGGCAGGGUGACCCCAGGCCCACCAGGCCCCAGGAGCAGGGUACCCAGGCCAGGGGCAGAGAGGGCAGCAGGCUGGAGCGUGCUGCCCCGCUGGAGGGUGCCCGGGGCGGGGAGCAUGAAGACAAUGUGUCCCGCCUCCGGAGCUCUUCCCUGGAGAUCAGAGAGAAGGGAUCAGAGAUCCUCAGAGAGCAGCUAGAUGCUGCACAGAAGGAGCUGAAGCUGAAGGAUAAGGAGUGUGAGCGUCUGUCACAGAUCCGGGAUCAACUAGAGCAGGAGCUGGAGGAGCUAACUGCCAGUCUGUUUGAGGAAGCUCACAGGAUGGUGCGCGAAGCCAACGUGAAACAAGCAGCAGCAGAGAAACAGCUGAAGGAGGCUCAGGGCAAGAGUGAUGUUCUGCAGGCGGAGGUGUCAGCCCUGAAGACCAUGGUCCUGACCUCCACCCCGUCUUCCCCUAACCGCCAGGCCCACCCUCAGCUCCUUUCCCCGGGCACUAGGUCCAGGGGUGCCAGCCCCCAACAUGGAGGGGGACACACACGCAACAAGAGUGCCAGUGGUGCCCUCCCAUUGGCCCCUGGUGGGCACUCAGACCUGCCCUCUGACCUGCAACCAGUCAGAGAGGACAAAGAGAUGGACAACAUUCUGUAUGCAGAGUUCUUGACCUGGAGAAACAGACCUAGUCUGGACAGAAGUUCAGCCUUCCUGGUGCGGAUAUACAGGGAGGACAUCAGCCCCUGCCUCUCCUUCACAAGAUCUGAGUUGUCUCAGUCAGUACAGAGUGCAGUGGAGAACAACUCUCUAACCAUCGAGCCGGUGGCCAUGUCAGCUUUACCCAUGGUCAAAGCCAACGCCAUAGAGUGUGGCGGGCCCAAUGGCUUGAAGGCAGCAGUAGAGACGAAGUGUGCGUUGAGCGGCAUAUCCUGUUCCUGUAAGCACCAAAUCAAACUGGGUGACGAAGAGAGUUACUACUAUAUCUCUCCCUCCAGCAGGGCACGGAUCACAGCCGUGUGUAACUUCUUCACCUACAUCCGCUAUAUCCAGCAGGGCCUGGUUAGACAUGAUGCGGAGCAGAUGUUCUGGGAGAUGACACGUCUACGGAGGGAGAUGACUGUGGCCAAGCUGGGCUUCUACCUCACAGACCAGGAAUAGGAGGACAGAUGGGAGGAGAUGUCACCGUAGACCUAGGUCGUGUUUACUAGGGCACACCGUAGCAAAACGUUUCAAAAUGUCGUGCAACGGACAAUGAAAAUUUGCUGAUUUCUUCCUCUUCGUGCCCAGUGAACACGGCCCAGGGCUAGAGUCACCAAUCAACUGUACAGAGAACACAGUACGAUUUGAGAGUCAGAUCACCUGUACCGGUUUCACACUGUCGGGACAACCCAAACCGAACUGGGCUGGCUUGGUUUGGCUCGGCUCAGUUCAGUUUGGCUCAGUAGUGUGAAAAGCCCUCAGGAGGACAUGCGGGACUCAGAAACCGGAUGGAGCCCUCAGGACAACUAUGCUGCUCACUUUUCAUUCACACAGUGCCAUAUACCCUCCAGUACUGCUGCAUUACCCCUAGGUGUUGUCUCCUCUCUCCUUAGAACCACUGUUGUUUCCUCUCUCCUUAGAACCACUGUUGUUUCCUCUCUCCUUAGAACCACUGUUGUUUCCUCUCUCCUUAGAACCACUGUUGUUUCCUCUCUCCUUAGAACCAUUGCAGAAAACCAGACCACCUCUUACUUUGCCUCAACCUUGAUAGAUUCUUGCACUACAUUGUAAAUGCCUUGCAUGGCUUAUACAGAAAAUAUAUCUGUAGUUAGAAUGGGUUAUAGAAGGGCAGGGAUUCACUCUGCAGAUUUCUGAGUGUGGAUAAAGAAAAUAGCUGCAUUUAGGCUGUUUAGUACUAACCAGUUCAGAAAUAGUGUGUGCACAUCCCGUUACAUUCAGGUACUUCAGUUAAAUAAAAAAAUAAUCAGAUUCACUUUAUUUGCCAAGAACAUUUACACAUACCCAGAAUUUUACUUGGUGAAUAGGAGCUGCGACUUGCAGUUGCACGGUACCAGAAAUAAAAGUCCUGAACGUAAAGCCUAUUCAGUCUUCUCAAAUAUCUUCGUCUUCAUUCUGGAUGCUGUGACAGUUUUAGCAAUGACUAUCCUAGAAAUAGAGGUUACAGUCAUUUGUUAUUUAACAUAAUGGAAUGAUUUAGCAAUAAGCUGUUUCUCCCUAACACUCCCAAUGUAUUCCGUUUUUAAAUAACUAUCUAGUUGGGAAAUAUAAUCGCUUUAAGUUGUAGUUGCACUCCUGUAACAUGUAAUUUCAAAUUCUCUACUAUUUUGUAUAAUAAUAGUGUAUAAGCCAUACAUGACCAAAUAAGGUGUAGCUUUGCAUGGAUACAUAGCCAUAUACUGUAGUGUGUACAAAGCUUUGCAUGGAUACAUUGCCAUAUACUGUAGUGUGUACAGGUGUGUACAAAGCUUUGCAUGGAUACAUAGCCAUAUACUGUAGUGUUUAUUAGUCAUUGCUUGCAUCAAAAGCCUUAUCAAACUAAAUGAACACUAUUCAUGUCUGAACGUGCAAUAUAGUAACUGCUUUCCUCUUAGGCUGCCUUUACACAGGCAGCCAGAUUCUGAUCUUUUGUCCACUAAUUGGUCCUGGUAUUUAUUAGGAUCCCCAUUAGCCGCUGCAAAAGCAUCAGCUACUCUUCCUGGGGUCCACAGGAAACAAUGCACAGUACAGAAAGAACAUUAUUAGUCAAGGACUGAAAGACCUACAUUUAAAAAACUUCACACACAGCCUUCAUAUGAGUACAUACACGCAGUAUCUAGGUCUAAUGCAUAGUACAGUGCAGAUUACAAUAUAAGAUAUAUCAAAAUGUCUGUCUCCACAGUCCCUGUCAUUCCAUAAGGUGUUCUUCUAUCUGUUUUUAUUGCUAGCUUGAGUUACCUGGGGUGGCAGAGAGUUCCAUGUAAUCAUGGCUCUAUUUAAUACUGUGUGUUUCCCAGCCUCUGUUCUGGACCUGGGGACUGUGAAGAGACCUCUGGUGGCAUGUAUUGUGUUGUACAGAUGAGUGUCCGAACUGUGUGCCAACUGUUUGAACAGACAGUUUGGUACCUUCAACACCUCGCACUAAGACCAAUAGGGAUGCAGUCAAUCUCCUCAACUUUGAGCCAGGAGAGACUGACAUGCAUGUUACUGACACUUUGAUAGAGCAACUCCCUAUCAUGUACAGAUCUCUUUCCAUUUUAUCAAUCAGAGUAUAUGUUUUGACCAUGACAGCUUCCUAUCUAGGGUUACACUCAGCAGUUUAGUCUCCUCAACUUGCUCAAUAGCCACAUUAUUCAAUAAAAGAUCGAAACAAG